CCCACGCGCCUUGCCACGCUUAAUCGCGCUUCCUACACCUAACAACUUGGGACGAGGUUCGCAUAUUCGUCCAUCAUACUGUCUGGAUCCUCACCGGAUAGCUAACAGACUCUUCCCUUUAUAAAUGUGCGUGGAUAGGCUAUAUUCUUAGUUGUCAGCGGAGGACAAGGCAGCACUUUCGUGUUGAAUUGUGUACUUGCGAAAAUAUGACGGGGUGGAAAUUGAGUAAGAAAUUUAAAAUGCAGUCCAAUGCACCAUCAAGUGAUUCAACGACCCCUACCAUUAAGGGCCCGCCGAUUAAACACACAUUGGACCCACGAGGCAUCCUGAAUAUAACUCUCUACCAAGGUGCGGACUUCAAGGAGGAACCUCAAAAUUUGUCCGACAGUUCCUUGACCUCUGGUUUAACGGACGGUCAUCGUCCUUUCUACAGCCACUACGCUCUCUUAGAAUAUGACAAAGCGCAAGUCUUUAUCAAUUCGUUCGGAAGGGCCACGAAUAAACCUCGGUGGGGUGUCGGCAAGGGUGCAACAUUCAGCUUGAAGGUUACACGAGCCGCUGAAUUGACGAUAUUCAUCUUUCUGGGGGAUAUCAGAUCGGCUUGUAGGAGCCAGCAUAUAUUUCUUGGUACAGCUACAAUCACUCUAUUUGAUGGCGCGACCAAUUCUGGUUCGCCAUGGUUCAAUGUCCAACAUGGCACCGACCAGAUUCAAGUCAAUAUAGAGUAUUUGCCGUGUGCUGAAGACAAGACACUCGGCCUGGAGAUAUCUGAUUUCGAAAUACUAAAUUCCUCUCGGACGGUCCUGCGAGUAUGGGAGGAAUGUGGUGAUAAAACACUUCGACCAACCUGGGCAAUGGAAAACUAAGUCCGGCGAAGCACUGUAGUCUCACUAAGGAAGCAUACAACUUUAGCCAUCAGUUUAUUGCGCCGCUUUCAUUCACUUGCCAGCUACCCGGUAAGCUGCAACUGUACGCACCUUGUAUCAGUGGCGGGCACCUUUUCCAUCAUCUCCAAAGGGUCGGACACUUUGAAGAAGACGCAGGCCGAAUAUACGUCGCAGAGAUCAUCAGUGGGUUGGAAUAUCUACACGAUACUCUGGAUA